AUGGAUGUCAAUGGACUAGGAAGAAAGAGAAAGAAUAGCUCUUCUAUUCCAGGCCAAUCCCCAGUCUCGCACCGGACUCGACAAAGCUUGGCAGCAGGAUCCGAGGAUGCUGACCUCAAACAAAGAACCACAUCUUCCACACCAAAGAAAUCAAGAAAGAGAGUUCGGUUUUCUGACCCCGGUCCCCAGUUACUGCAAGAUGUCGAUAUUGGGUCUACCGGUUUGACCCCGGCCAUGCGCCGUACAUCAUUCAAUCCAGAUUCCGGAGAUCGCACACCGAGCCGAAAGGCACGACGCAGGUCUGCCCCAACACCACGGUUCUCGCGGUCGUAUGACCCGGUAGAGCCCUUCGAUGAGACGUGCACUGAGCGGAGAAUCCAAUUCACACCCCUUCGUCAAAUUUUGGAUACACGUACUCAGAGAAGAAUCAAACGAAUCGGAUUAAGCGAUGAGAUCAAUCAUAUUGAACGUGAAAAGCGCGACGCGAGCAAGCUUGAGAAGACCAUGCAAGCUUUGCGCCAAGAGAGAGAUGCCCUCAAAAACGAGCUAAGCUCUGUGAAGCACAGUACAAUGCAAUUUGAGGACCAGGAUUUGACAGCCGAAUCCUACUGGAUGACUUCCCAGGCACCUAGAUCAUGCGAGGACAUGUCGGUGGCUUCAAACCACAGCGAGGAUGAUACAAUUUGUCUGACUAACGGCGCUAAUAACACUUUCAUGUUCAGUGAUAGUGCUAUCAUUGUGUCCAGCUCUCCAGACCUCCGUGGUAUGCGAGGACACAACCUUGCGGUUUCUGAUAGCCUGGUGCAAAUUGAGCACCCUCAAUCGGCUUCUACUACCACUCAAAUGCAUGUUUCAGAUGAAACGGAAAUAUCAGAUAUCCACUCCCUGACCCUUGACCUGGAGGCUGCCAGAAGGGAGAAGAGAACAUUAUUUGAUGCGUGUCGAUCGCGUAUUUCUGAGUUGAAUGAGCCUAGACUUAACAAUUUGUUUAAUCAUUCAUCCCCGCCAUCAGAUUUCUUUGACAACCUUUUGGACAUACUGUCAGCAGCUCUAUCUCGUGCUUCGGACGCCGCCGAGGCGCUAGAAGGAGUCAGCCAGGAAUGUGCUCGCAUGGGGUUCUCCGGGGAGGGCGUGAACGAUGUUAUUGCCGACAUGCGAAGUCAUUUCCGUUCAGCACGCCUUGAGCUUGAGCGCGCUGUCCCGGGUGAAACAGCCAAUGUUAGCCUUGAGGAUGGAAAGGGCACACUAAACGCACUAGUCCAACGCGUUGAGUCCCUAGCUCAAGAUUUGGGGACGGAACGUCACUAUCAUCACGGCUCACUUGGACGGGAAAAGGCUUUACGCGGACAAUUCGAUGCUUUGUUACAUCGAUAUGAGACAGCUGCGAGCAAAAUUGACACCCUCGAGAAUUCCAUCACAUCUUCGGCGGGCGAUAUGCUCCACACACGAAUUCGAAUGCAAGAUCUCGAACGUGAAGGCCAAGAACAGGCCAUUGGGAUUGACAGAUUAAACGCCGCUCUCGACAAGUACCAUGACGAAGUGAAAAACCUCGAAGACCUCAUCGACAACCUUGAAAGGGAGAACACGGCUACAAAGGAAAAUUACGCGAGACAAAUCUUCAAACUCAGGACGCAAGUAGCCCAUGAGCGCUCGAAAUGCUCUUUGGCUGAGACCUCUGCUUCCGAGAAUAACUCUCGUAUUCGGGAUUUAGAAGAAACAAUCGAAACCAAUCGAAUUCAAGUUCAUGAUUUAAUGGCUCAGGUGGAGGUACUCAAAAAAGAACAUCAAAGAGCAAUCGAGGCCCUCGAACAAAAUCACAGCGAGCUCCAAAGCCACGAAGCAAACAAUGGAACUCUCAACGUCCGUAUCUCGGCUCUCACCACAUCAUUGGAUAGCGCCGAAUCCGAAGUUCAACGCCUUGACCUCCUCAACAAGGGUCUACGAGAGCAGCUCCAAGUCGAAGUCGAAGCUCGGAACGAGCUUCUAGACAAAUGGGCCGCAGACCAAGCUCGGUCAUUCGCCCACAUGAAAGAGACUAUAAACUCAGAGCGCCGCAGAGCCAAGGUUCGCGCAGCCAACUGGGAGCUGAAAUCGGACGAUCUCAUGUCCGAUGCUACCACCACCAUGGGGGGCGGGAGCGAGCCCGAGCCAAUUACACCCGUUAGCAUGACCCGAUUCGUUGACAUUGAAGUUGGUCGGGGCAAGAAUCGGCGCCGGAUGGACAGUGGCAUUGGAAUUUUGACCGAGGAAGAGCUCAUGAGAGAUGCUUCUAGCUCGGAUCUUCAACAUAGUCUCGACUCGGACAUUGAUCUUCCCACAUCGGAGUUUGCUUGA